UUCUUUCUUUCUUUCUUUUUUUUUCAUAUAUUAUUAAUGUUGGUCGACUCAACAACAUUGAAAUCAGCUAAGACAAGUUCUUCCACAUAUUUAGUCAACAAAUCCUCUUGUGCUUGUCGUAUUGACCGCUUACUCCAUCAACAGCAACAUUAUAUCUUUAUUACUAGUGCUCAGCCAACCCAUCUCCCUCGCCAGACGUUUAUAGUUUAUCAUAUUCGUUUGAAUGAUAUUGAAACCAAACGACGGUAUAGUGAUUUUGAAUCUUUACGAAAAUUAUUGGUCCAACUCUAUCCAGUUUGUCUUCUUCCACCUAUUCCAGGAAAACAUUCCAUUUUGGAUUAUGCUGCAGGUACCAAAAAAAAUGAUCAACCUACCAUUGAGAGACGAAAACGUAUGUUACAAACCUUUUUGAAUCAAUUGACAAGACAUCCUCAAUUAGGACGUGAUCAUUUCUUUCAUCAAUUCUUAACUUCAAACGUGGAUUGGGCUCAAAUCAUUCAUUCAUCAUCUGUCAGUUUUCUUUCAAAACAACAUCCAUUACAUAUGAUGACUUCACCAACAUCCUCCUCCAAUGCUUGGGUACAUCAACCUUUACUUUCUCAUCGUAUUGUACCAACUCCAACUAGCUCAGCAUUCAAACAAAAGCCAGAUCCAUUUCUUUUCUCAGAAGAAAAAUAUACCCGAAUGGCCAACUUUAUGCACCAGCAUAUCGAAAAAAAUCAACGCAAAGUCAUACGAAGGCUAGAUGAAUUGGCCAACGAUUAUGCAGAAUUGGCUGCCUUGUACAAUGGUUUUAGCUUAAAUGAAAUGAAUACUAUUGCGAUCGCUAUUGAAAAAAUGGGACAAACAGUAGAUGAUGCUUAUACCAAAACAGGUGACAUGGUACUCAAAUUAGAAGGAGAGUUUAUCGAACCAACUCAAUCACAAAUUCAAAUGGCACGAGUUGUCAAACAAGUCAUCCAGUUUAGAUACCUCAAACAAGUUCAAUUGGAAAUGGUACAACAGGCUUAUGAUGACAAACGUUACGAAUUGGAUCGUCUAUUACGAAUGGAUCAUCAAUUCAGUUUGGAACAAUCACGACAUGAUCAACAACAAAUCAUUCCUUCUACUUCGUAUGUAGGUCGGAUGUUCAGUUCUGUGGGAUAUUCUUUACAGCAUUUGAUUGACGCAGAUCCAUCCAGCACUCGACGAAACCAAAUUGGGAAAUACAAAGAAGCAAUACAGAUGCUUGAAGAAGCAUUGUCAAUAUGUAGAAAUGAUACUCGAUUGGCAACGGAACAACUAGAAAAGGAAAUCGCCCGAUUCGAAGAUGACAACAUAUUGACUUUACGUGAAACAUUGAUGGCCUUUGCCGAUGUCCAUUUACAAUACUGUCAAAAGAACCUUCAAGCCUGGCAAGAUACCAAGCACAAAGUGAAUCAAAUUUCACGUUGAUUCUGAUACCACACAUUUUGAUAUUUGUAGCUUAGUGCUAGAAUAUAUCAAUAAACUUUGUAUAAUUUGUGAUUUUUAAA